AUCGCUAUUGGCUUGGAGGCCAUUUCUACUAGUGACAAGAAGCUACUAGAGCAAAGGGAAACUCCAUGAAAUUCCACAAGCCGUUUGGCUCCCCGGUGCGCAGUAGUAGGCUGCCAAGAUGAAGCACCUGCCUUGCGUCUCAGGGUUCUUUGCUGGCCUGUCCUUGUGGACAUGUUCGUUGACACUACGAGGAUGUGAUGUUCUGGCAGGUGACGGCGAUGAGGGUAGUACGCUCAAUGUCACCACGUCCACAGCCCCCGCAGAGAUCAUGAGCACGGUAGCAGACACCACCUUGGCAGAUACUACCUCGUCCACAGCCCCGGCAGAGAUCAUGAGCACGGUAGCAGACACCACCUUGGCAGAUACAACAGUGAUAGGGACCACGGCUCCAGUAGAUAGCACAGCUGCGGCAAAUGCCACCACCCCAACAAAUACCACAAGCACGGCUGUGACAGGUACCAUAGCCCCGCCAGGUGCCACCAUGACCACGACCAUGAUCGCGACCGUGACCGCGACGGCGACCAUGAGCGCGACCAUGACCGCUACCGUGACAGCGACCAUGACCACGACCGUCACUGUCACCACGACCAUGACUACGAAUACCACGACCGUGACGACCACAAGCACGUCGAUGACGACUGCGACCACGACCACGGGGACAAGUAGCACCACAACUACUCCACCUCCGCUUGGCACUUGCUUUGGUGGAGGGAAAUUUGACGGUGGAGCUGGAGCAUGCUCAGACGUUGAGCUGAGAGGUGCCACCAGGGUGAUCUCAAACACCUGUGCCUACGUAGCCCUUAACCAGGAUGGCACAGGUGUGUGUUGGGGGGAUCAAAGUUGUGGGGCAGAUUGUCCUAACAUUGACUUUGCAACAGAUAUCUAUGCAACGUCUCUUGCUUUUCUUGCCUUGAACAAGACCGAUGGGAGGGCCGUUUGUUGGGGACGAGAUCCGACGACCAACUAUUAUGGAGAAAACUGCUCCGGCCUUGACUUCACGGGCGUCACCCAUGUCUACGCUUCUUCAACAGAUUUUGUGGCCUGGAACAGCAUUUCUGGCACCGGCUUUUGCUGGGGAAGAAAUGGCGAUUGUGCGGGCCAGGACUUCACGGGCAUCACCGACAUGUAUUCCUCUAGUGAUGGGUUUAUCGCUUUGAACCGAAACGCAGGCACAGGCUUUUGUCUUGGCAAAUUUGCCCAUCGCUUUUACUGUAGCCGCUACGAUUUCGGUGCUACGGGCUUGGAGAUCUACGCCUUUGACGAUGGCUUUGUCGCUGGGCCAGCCGGUGGACAAUACAAAUCAUCGACCAUGGAUGUAGGGUCACUGGCUGCUGGCAGUUUGACAGGGACCACACAUACAUAUUCCACAAACACUGCCUUCUUGGCCUUGAACAUGAAUGCAGGAACAGGUGUUUGCUUUGGAGACGCUAGCAAAGGAGGCGACUGCUCCCAGAUUGAUUUCACGGGCGUGACGAGCGUACAUGCCACGGCUGGGGCAUUCUUGGCACUGAACACGGCUUCGGGCACGGGCACUUGCUGGGGGGACAUCGACUGCAGCAGCGUCGACUUCACUGGCGUCACUGACGUCUACUCCACCGAGUAUGCCUUUUUCGCGUUGAAGAGCAGCGGAACAGGUUUUUGCUUUCCAGUGUCAGACAGUGAAGAUGAUUGCUCACAGAUAGACUUCACCGGGGUCACCCAUGUGGUCUACACUCAACGUAGCUUCCUUGUCAUCAAGUCCGAUCAGCCUGAACUACUAAGUACGGAGGGCUACCGUGAUGACUUUAACCCCUUCGUCGUGCCGUAAUUCAAUCAGCAAUGAGAUCCCCCAAAGCUUUGGGGAGAGGCCAGCUCUGCAAAACGCACUGGCUGCCUAAAAACGGAUCAACUUGCAUCGCGCCAAAAAGAGCAUUUGCCUCAUGCGCGGUGUGCUGAGUGUUUGAUGAACUUGGCCCAGAGACAUGCAUUUCUCGGAUGCACUUUUGGAGUUUGCAUGGAAGCGUUCCUCCAAUGUGUCGCUGUAUGGCGCGUUUCUGUGGCUUAGUCAACAUGGUCCAAAGUUUGGAAAAGGGGCGCAUUCUUGUUAGGAAA